GACUCUUCAAUUGAGUGUACAUAGCAAAAUAUCUUUACUUCACAAGAAUUGCAACUGAAAGAAGGUCGUCAAAUAUGGAGAACAAUUCCAGUUUUAUCGAUCAUGAUGUCUAUAAAGACUUAGUUGUUGGAGUAAGUACAAAAGUCACCCUGUUUUCCGUCCUUUUGGUAUGCUCACUUGUCGGCAACCUACUUGUCAUAGCCGUCGUUUACUGGAAUAUURCCAUGAGGACAAAUUUCAACUACUUAAUCGUCAACAUGGCCGUAUCAGACCUACUUAUUCCAUUGGUUGCAAUACCAGUUAGAAUAUCACAGCUUACAGCGGAAGGACCCAAUGACUGGUUUGCGGAUGGGCCGCUUGGUAACGUUCUCUGUAAGGUUUGUUUCUUCCUUACUGAUAUAUCUCCAGUCGUGUCAGUUUUGAGUCUUGUUGUCAUAGCAAUCAACAGAUAUUUGGCUGUUUCAUAUCCAGUUCAUCCACCACUUUCUAGACCAGUUAUUAACAGGGUUCUAUUGUCAAUAACCUGGAUUGUCGCCAUGGCGUUGUUUUCACCCUAUCUCGUAACAUUCGGAAUAACGGAGGAAGACGGCCGUACGAAGUGCAUCAACAUUUGGCCCUCAAUUAAAGGCCAGUCAUCUUUUCCUAUUUUCAUUGGAGUAGUUGCAGUAGUAUCAUUUAUAAUCCCAUCCAUUUGCAUCGUUAUAUUAUAUUCUCGUAUAAUAUACAAACUACGCGAAAACUCAAGAAAUAUCGCGAGCAUGCUCCACGACCAGCAGCGUGUUACUCGAAAGAGAAAAAACAAUCAAAUUUCCUAUACAUCGUUGUUAAUCGUGAUAGCAUUUAUUGGUCUGUGGGGACCGUUUUACGUUUUUGUUUGUCUAUUUCAAAUACUGUGGCAAUGGAAUAUCCCCCCAGAUAUCCAGGCCAAGUCAGAGUUCAUUCACUUCCUCGUGACUUACCUUGGUUUUUUAAAUUCAGCAGUAAACCCGUGUAUUUAUUUUUUCUGUCUUAAAAACUACCGACAAGGCUUAAAACGUCUCCUCUUGAGAGUCAGGACUAGGGGAAACUUGCAGUCAUUUGAAUCCAGGUCAAAUCUGCGGUCUUUGAAAGUCCGACAUCCAAACAGCAUGCAUAAUCAACAAAGAACCGUGCUGCAAAUGGUUAGUUAUGUGUAACCUUAUACUUUAUAAAAAAGUAUCGUAUAGAUCCCUCGCGCGUGAUAUGAAAGGAGUUCAAUUUGGAGGACAAAACAAUAAAAUAUCAAUCUUCUGAUAAUUGGAAACCAAUUGUUAUGUCCUCAGAAGUAAGGUGCAUUCCGACGUGCUGCUUCCAAGGUCUAUAUUUACUGGAGCUCAUACAUAUGGCUGUAGCAUUUACAGUGUUUCUCAAAAGUUACGCGGGGGAUCGUCGUCGUUUUGGUGAGUGUCAAUCAAGGCGUUUCUAUGAUAUUCCCUACUGAGGCACGUGGCCUGGAUUUGAUUUAGGUCUAACAAAGAGGAGCAAGGAUGGCGUCCAAAGCUGUAGAGCACUCGAAAAGCAAGAGAAAGACUUGGCUAAGCCGAGCUAAGGUUGUCGAAACRUCAGUCACAUCAAACAGUUCUUCUCAKGACUACAUCCACCCGGAUGAUCAUAAUACUUCGAUUAACAUUCGGCUAAGCCUCCCGUUCCUACCUAGCUUGGAAGCUUAACGUAACAAUUAAUAGAURCAGACUAUUUUAUUGUUUAAGGUGGCGUUUAUCGUUAUCUUAAAUUCACGAUGCUCCUCUAUAUCCAUAUAUAUUAUAAAAUAGUUGACGCGCGCGCUGAUUGGCUGGCUACCGUGUUUAUAUAGAGGACAGAGACACGCUCGCGUAAAGUCGUUCAAAAAUAUUUGAUAAAAGUAAUGUAAAGUGAAGUAAAGUCCUUAAUUUCAAUAGGGUAACACCUAAGGCCCCGUCCACACUAUGCCGGAUAAAUUUGAAUCCGAAUUUUUAUUUAUUCGGUUAGGCCUACCGUCCACACUAGUCCGGGCGAUUCCGGAACRAUUCUUCACCCAAAACGAAUUCUUUCGAAUACGGUCUCCAGAGUGGAAAAACGCCGGCUAGCCGUAUUAGUGUGGACGGAGAACAUUUCGUAUCCGAAUUUUUUUGAAUACGAUGACGUCAUUAUUGUCAUGGGAACAUGGCGGGAAGACUAAAAAUUCACCGUGGGCUCAAUUUCAGCUUCGACGCACAUGUUCAGAUGUGCAAUGAAGCCUAUUUGCCGCCUCUGAGCGGACUAAUGUGGACGCGAAACAUUUUAUCCGUUUUCAUGUGUGGACGGAAACCUUUUUUUUGGUUUCGGUGUGAAAGUUGCGAAUUCAAAUUUAUCCGGUAUAGUGUGGACGGGGCCUAAAAGUGAAACACGCAUAAACUUGUGGCUUUUCAAAUACAUAAUUACGAUAAAAUCCAAAAAUCCUAUAUAAAUGUAAAUGUUAAUUAGAUACUUUAACGACAUUUAGACAUAAUCAUGACUUAGCUUAGAACUAGAGAAAAUCAUUCAAACUAAAACUAUGAAACCGCAAUUAUAUUAUCAAGAUUAAUAUUAAUUGUAAAACGUAAAUAGAAUUGAAAAAGACUAUUGGAAAAGUAUAUAGAAAUACAUACUUAACUAAAUAUGUUUGAUAUAAAACAGCUGCAAGCGUGCAUUCAAAAAUGGAUGGUGCACGCUGACGUGAUUGAGUGGCGCACGCUAUGUAAUGAAAACUUCGGUAGAACAAAAUUUGAAUUUGAGAUGGAGUUUUUUUUUGGGAUCAACAAAUUUUUUUUUUUAUGGCCAAUGUUUAGUUGUGCGUAUGUCCAGCCCUGGAUGCACUUGGAAGGUUGCUUAAGCACUCAAGAAGCUUGAGUUACACUCGCGGCUACGCCUCGUGCAACUGUUUCGCUCCUUUCGUGCUUAGCAACCUCCCGCGUCCAUCAAGAACUGAAUAUACGCACAUUAAACAUUGUACUGUACUGUGACAAAAGCACUCUGAUAGCUGUAAGGCACUCGAAAAACGAGACAAACACUCGCGGCUAAGCAUCUUGUUCCUAAGCUUGCUUCUCUCGUGCUCUACAUAUAGCAACCAGCGUGUUCAUAUCACAGUACGGAUACAUGUGCGCGCGUUUUAUCCCUUAAAUAUGGCGAGGCAGGGAAUUAAAUGCGCGCGCUUCAAUGCAUGAAUGUAAAAAAAUAUAUAUAUAAAUGUACAUAYAUUCAUAUUGCAAGCGUCCAUUAUGUCGGCAAUAGUAAGUCAUGCAGUCCACGUGAAAUAAUUUUACAGUUUUGGUUUAGCACACCUUCAUCUUGCAUGGUGAUGCUGAUGUUCUUGUUGUUGUACCGUGUGGGGGAAUAGUUCGGUAGUUUUGACAAAAUCACCGCGCCCCUGCUCAAUAAAUCGAUGUUUUGAAUUUAAAAAAGAAUAUAAUGACAAAAUAGGAACAGGGGAAAAUUACUGGAGGAGUGCAUCUCUCAAUAAAUCUUGGUUCCAUCAGAUUCUAGCAAAGCCAUUAAAAUAACUCGGGCGUGCGCUGAUUGGUUGAUGGGUGUGYCAUUAUUUCCCUAAAAUAUGAAAUGUUUUUCCGGCAGCUUUAUUCUUUUAACUUAUAAAACUUUAGUUCUUAUGGCCAUUUUUACCAAAGAAGCUUCUUGUCAAAAAUAUUUUGAUUCAACAACAACAUUGCACUAUAUAACACCUAGAUCAACACCUCGUCGUUUAGCAAUCUGAUGGGAUCAUGAAAUAGAUCGAGAUGCACUCUAGUUUAAAUAUUUCCCCCGAUAGGAAGUCAAAAUAGUUUAUUGCAGGAAUGAUCUUCCAUCGGCUAUCAGCGACAUUCACCGCAUUCUUGUUACGUUGUCAUAUAAUAGGCCCUUUGCAACAAACAGUCACGUGCUGAUAUGUGACUUUGAUAACCAGUUCAGCUCAAGGUCCCUUGGGAAAGGCUCUGCUGGAUGGCAAACAAGCUUUAAAUUGCUUCAUAUCUUGAAAUCGAAAGUAUCUUAUAAGGGCAAAAAGUAUUUUUGAAAAGGUUUCGGAUGCGACAUUAGCAAGUCCAAUUUUUUUGCCAUCCAGUAACAAUCACGUGUCAAUCUAUUGCAAAAGGCCUGUUGUUAUAUAUCGCGAAAAUGGAAUGUGUACAUGUAUUUAGAAAAAUAUAUAAAAUAA